GCACCACCGCACCAGAGCUAUAUCCUUCGGUAGACUAGAGGUGUUUUUUUGCUGUUUCUAUCGAAGGUUAAACAUGUCUGCUAAAUGGAGAGCAUUGCAGCACCGCCACCGUUACACGUACAGCUAUGUUGUUUUUCCUCAAGAUUUCACAUCGGCAUUGGAUCAAACACCAUCCUCUCGCUUCUUCGCCGAACUGAAACAUAUGGCGUCCUUAACUUCCACAUAUUCUCAACUCACCCAUGCCAAGAAUGUGGCUGCAGCCUUUUCCGACUUGUUAUCUGAUGGCUAUGCAGACGAGGGCUCAAUCUGUUUGGCUUCGAGGUUCUACUUGGAGAUUCUUUUUUUGGAGAAUUCCCUUCCCCUGCACAAAGCUUUGAUUUCUGUUCUAUCUAAAUGCAAAAACUUUAAAGCUCUAGUCCAGAACAGCUUCCGAGAUUUGUGCAAUGAGUAUGGAGGUGUGAAUGGUAGAGGGAAGAGGUUUUGUGUUUCACGAGCUGCUUUGUCCAUGAUGAGCACUCCAAAGCUGGGGUACAUGGUCGAGAUUGUUGAAGAAUGGGCUGUUUUUGUGGCUAUGGAUGUGGUAUCCGGGUUGAGUUAUGUAGUGUCUCAGACCAGUGAGCGGUCUAGGCCUUCACCCCUUGUCAUGGAACAGUGUCAAGAGGCUCUCUCAUGUUUGUACUACUUGCUUCAGCGGUUUCCUGCAAAAAUCAUUGAUGGAGAUUUCAGUCAAGACCUCCUACUUUGCAAAAGACCAAGUCUUCUUGAGACUAUCAUGACUACUGUUACAAGCGUCUUGAGUUCAGAAGAUUUUUCCCGGGAUUGUCUUGUGGCAGCUGGGGUCUGCCUUUGUGCUGCUCUGCAGGUGUGUCUUUGCCAUGUUGAUCUUGGUUCCUUUAUAAUGGAAGGAGUCUUUAACCAUAUGUCCGUUUCAUGCCCAAAGUUUGAGUUAAAGGAUGUGACCAAAACGAUUCCUUGGAAAUCAACAUUGUUUUCUAAAAUCCAAACAUUAUCUCCAUUGAGUAGGCUCUGUUUGAUAAGAGGGAUUUUAACAGCAGUUUCAAGAACAGUUCUGAAUACCCUUUUUAUAGUAUCAAAUGAUGGUUGUGAUGAUACCAGUGGUUCUGGAGAUAAUGACAGCUCAGUUAAGACAAUUAUUUAUGAUGAAAUUCUUCCCGAGCUAUGUCAUUUAUGCGAGAAUCCAAGUGAUAGCCAUUUUAAUUUCCAUGCAUUGACGGUGAUGCAAAUAUGUUUGCAGCAGAUAAAAACAUUAAUGCAGGGAACUGAUGGAUAUGUUGAGGAAUGCAAUGAUUCAUUCUCAGAGGAGAUUGGAACAAGGAUAUUGAAAAUUUUGUGGAAUAAUUUGGAAGAUCCUUUAAGUCAAACUGUCAAACAGGUUAACCUUAUAUUUGAACUUCUCUUAGAUAUUCAGAUAUCCCUUCACUGGGCAGGGGGCAGUCAGAAAUUCUCUUCGUUCUUAAGGAAAAUUUCCUCUGAUCUUCUUCACUUAGGACCACGCUGCAAGGGACGAUAUGUUCCAUUAGCCUCCCUUACUAAGAGAUUGGGGGCAAAGAAUAUUUUAGAUAUGAGCCCUGACUUGUUAUUUGAUACGACAAUGGCAUAUGUGGAUGAUGAUGUGUGUUGUGCUGCAACAACAUUCCUGAAGUGUUUCCUUGAGUGCUUACGUGAUGAGUAUUGGAGUAGUGAUGGUGUUGCAGGCGGGUAUGUGAAAUACAGAACUCAAUGCUUGCCUCCAAUAUUGUCUGGACUAUCUUCUGGAUUGGCCAAGUUGCGUUCUAAUUUGAAUACAUAUGCUUUACCUGCUUUACUUGAACUGGAUGUUGAUAGUAUAUUUCCAAUGCUUGGUUUUAUUGGCAUUGGAUGCAGUGGAGAGAGCACAGAAGUUUUUCAUUCUAGGUUAGGUUCUAAGGAUAUGGUUCUGGGAGUUGAACAGCAAGUGGCUGUUUUGGUUUCACUGCUCAAGGUUUCUCGUAUGCUUGCAUUAAUUGAAGGAGACAUUGAUUGGCCUGAAUAUUCUUCAUUGGCUUUAGAAAAAAAGGAGCUGAGUGUUGACACUGGUGUUCUUGACUCUGUUGUCCGCAUAAAGGGGAUUGAGGUUAACAUUCCAGUUAAUUAUUUUGUAUUAGCACUUACACAUAUUGAUGACUCACUUCGCAUGGAUGCAGCAGAAUCUUUAUUCUUAAAUCCAAAAANAAGGCUAAUUAAAUUGGGCACCUGGAAACCUACAGUGUGUAAAGGUUUGAUUGUUGGACCACUUAAUGGAGAAUCAGAGCAAACCUCCAAACACAGAGCAGCAGCUCUUUUUAAUUUUAUGAAGUGGUUGAGUUGCUUUUUGUUUUCUUCAUGUUACCCAUCUGCUCCCUAUGAGAGAAAGAUAAUGGCAAUGGAGCUAAUGUUGAUAAUGUUGAAUGUUUGGUGUGUUAUACCUCCUCCCCAAGGAAAGUCUGAUUCGUACACUUCUGAAAUCAGUCUAUAUCCUUACCAUAAGGAGUUAGUCUUACCUAAAUCAACUUUGCUUCUUGUUGGAUCAAUUGUUGAUAGUUGGGACCGGCUCAGGGAGACUUCUUUAAGAAUACUGCUGCAUUUUCCUACACCGGUUCCUGGAAUUGGCACUCCAGAAUUGGUAUACAAAGCAAUUUUAUGGGCCAAGAAGCUUGUUUCUAGCGCACGUGUGAGAGAAAGUGAUGCAGGUGCUCUGACUUUCCGGCUCAUAUUCAGGAAAUAUGUUGUGGAACUUGGUUGGCUUGUUAAGCCUUCAUGCAAUGUUGUUGAACAGUCUUCUUCCGAGCUGUCAAAUGGGGAGAAUCCAGAGUUUGAAUCAAGCAGUCCUGCGAUAGAAUACAUAAGUUCACUUAUUGACUGGUUGUGUGCUGCUGUUGAAGAGGGGGAGAAGGAUCUUUUUGAAGCAUGCAAGAAUAGCUUCGUUCAUGGCAUACUGCUUACUCUUCGAUAUGCGUUUGAGGAAUUUGAUUGGGGUUCCAUUGCUGGUGUUUCCAAUAUCUCUAACAUGAAACUUCUAGUGGAGAGGAUCUUGGCUCUCGUUGUGCGAAUAACAUCUUUGGCCCUGUGGGUAGUUGCAGCAGAUGCAUUGUACUUACCAGAUGAAAUGGAUGAGAUGGAUGUUGAUGGUGCACAUUUUGCAGAGAGACUGACUGAGACAGAUGGGACUACCUCAACAGCAGCUGAUGAGAUGAAAACUGCUCACGCUGAGCAAGAUGAUGGGCCUAUUGAUCAGAUAGUUAUGGUUGGUUGCUGGCUUGCAAUGAAAGAGGUUAGUCUUCUUUUGGGAACAAUAAUAAGAAAGGUUCCUUUGCCCGCCUAUGAUGUACCAAACUCUAGUCUCUUAAAUGGUGAUGGUGCUGAGCAUUUGUCAUCUUAUACGGCUGUUGACCUGAAUCAACUUGAGAUAAUUGGCAACCAUUUCUUAGAAGUCCUUUUGAAAAUGAAGCAUAAUGGUGCUAUUGAUAAGACGAGGGCAGGAUUUACGGCCCUUUGCAACCGACUGCUAUGUUCAGAUGAUCCAAGGCUAUGUAAACUGACAGAAUCUUGGAUGGAGCACCUCAUGGAGAGAACGGUUGCCAAAGGGCAAACAGUGGAUGCCCUUGUUCGUAGAAGUGCUGGUAUUCCUGCUGCAUUUACUGCAUUUUUCUUGUCAGAGCCCGAGGGUGCACCAAAAAAGCUUUUACCCAAGGCAUUGAGAUGGCUAAUAAAUGUAGCUAAGAGCUCUUUAACAGAUGUAAUUAAAACAAAUACAUCAGAUUCUAAUUUUAGUUUGUCCAUUGGGUCAACACUAGUACCUAAUGGGGCUGUGGUGGAAAUGAUUUCAAAGAGUAGGAAUGAGGGUGUUGUUCCUACCGUGCACUCUUUCAAUGUCCUUAGAGCUGCGUUCAAUGAUGCCAACCUGUCAACUGAUACAUCCGGUUUUGCCGCAGAUGCAGUAAUUGUCUCAAUUCAAUCCUUUUCUUCUCCAUAUUGGGAAGUGCGAAACAGUGCCUGCCUUGCAUAUGCUGCUCUUGUUCGGCGAAUGAUUGGGUUUCUCAAUGUGCAGAAACGUGAGUCUGCUAGGCGUGCCCUUACAGGACUUGAAUUUUUCCAUAGGUACCCCACAUUGCACAGUUUCUUAUUUAAUGAACUGAAAAUUGCAACUGAAUUGCUUUUGGAUGGGUCUGCUGAAAAUCUAUCAUCCAGCCAGGCAAAAGUAGUGCACCCCAGUUUAUGCCCUAUACUGAUUCUUUUAUCUCGGCUCAAAGCUUCUGCAAUCACAUCUGAAACUCGUGAUGCGUUGGACCCUUUCUUAUUCAUGCCAUUCAUCAGAAAGUGCUCUGUCCAAAACAAUCUUCGGAUCCGGGUUCUUGCAUCUAGAGCUCUGACUGGUAUUGUGUCUAAUGAAAAAUUGCAAAUUGUUGUCUUAAAUAUUGCCUCUGAAUUGCCUCCUAUAGACAACCAGAGCUUGACAUCUGAUUCGUCUAGAUUUUCCUACUUGAAUGCUUCUUUCAAUUCAGUUCAUGGAAUGCUUUUACAGCUGAGCUCUCUUCUGGAUGCUAACUGUAGAAACCUGGCUGAUUUCUUUAAGAAGGAAGCUAUUCUUAGUGGCUUGAUUCAUGUUCUUGAUAAGAAAUCAUGGAUUGGAAGUCCCCAAAGGUGUUCUUGUCCAAUUCUUAACUGCAGCUUUUUGAAGGUUCUCGAUAACAUGCUCAGUAUUGCUAGAACAUGUCAAAUGAGCAAAUGUGUUAGUGUCAUUUGGAACCUACUGUGGAUCUUAUCAGCAGAAUGCUUAGAUCUAGACUCUUUUAAAGGGCCAUCAUACUUUGAUCCAACAAUUACAGAACUUCGCAGACAAGCUGCAAAUUCGUAUUUCAAUUGUGCUCAUCAUACUUCUAAAGUAAAUGAAGACUUGAUGCCUUUGAUGAAAGGUCCUCCACCUGAUUCAGAAUUUUUCAAGAGCUCUCAAAUGCAAACAUCUGUAACCAGAUUCCAGGAAAGAUUUAUUCGAUCCAUUUCUGAUGGAUCGUAUGAAGUUCGAAUUGCAACACUUAAGUGGCUUCUUCUUUUCCUGAACACACCAGACUCGAAUGCCGGGAGCAGCGAUAGAUCCUACAGCGAGAUGAAAAUGCUUUGGUUGAGCAAUAUUGAUCUCCAGGCUAUGUUAAUGAAGCUGUUGGAUGUGGAGAAGAAUCAUAAAUGUUUGAACUGUAUUUUAAAGAUUAUCUACACUUUCAACAUCCAGGAAUAUCAUAAAAAUAGUCAACAAGAUAAGAAACCAAGUUUUGUUGGGAGUAUGGAUAAUGAUUCAGUCCUUCAGUUUUGGGACAAGGUGUUAUCCUUGUACAAUGUCAACAGGCAUGCAAAGACUCGAGAGAUGCUUGUUUGCUGCAUGGCUGUUUGUACGAAACGGUUAGUUGAGCUGUUUACAAGCUCCAUCUGUGGCUUGGGAAACAAUAAAAUUGUGUUCAAACCUUCUGAUCCAUCUAAAUUAUCUAUCUUCAGUCAGCGCAUAUACUAUUUUAUCAACGUUAUUCAGGAGCAUAGUGAUCCAUCAGAGCCUAUAAACAUGCGGAGGGCAGCUGCCCAAUCAGUAGUAGCAUCUGGUUUGCUGGAACAAGCUCAGCAUCUUAGUCCUUUUCUUGCUCAUUACCAACAAGUUCCCGAUGGCAACAAACACAAGGAUGUUCUUAAUGCAUAUGCUCAUAAGAUACUGGAAUCAUGGUUUACUUGCAUAAAGCUGCUAGAGGAUGAAGAUGUUGGACUUAGGAAGCAGCUUUCUCUGGUGAUACAAAAGUGUUUUACUUCUUUAAGUAGCUUUUCAUCCGAAGUAGUUCCCACCCAAGUAGAGAAAGUGAUUGAAAUGAGCUUUGAGCAUCUUUCGUCUACUUUUGGUCAUUGGCUUGACUAUUUUGACUUUCUUUGCCACUGGGUUCUGAGAACUGCAAAUUAUGUUCGUGUGGCAUCAACGGCAGGCCCUGUGAGACGUGUCUUUGACAAGGAGAUUGAUAACCAUCAUGAAGAAAAGCUGUUGAUCUCUCAGAUGUGCUGUUCCCACCUGGAGAAGCUUCCAACUUCAGAAUCCAUCACUAAAUUCUAUGACAGACAUAUCAUUUGGAGUUUCUUGCUGACUUGGAGGGGGAGGUUUUGUCAAGAGUUGAUUUCAUUUGUUAAUGAUUAUACUGUCAGUCACGGAGGAGAUGAUUGGAUUGGUGGCAUCGGUAACCACAAGGAUGCAUUUUUACCUGUUUAUGUGAAUUUACUCGCUUUUCAUACCGUGUCAAGCUGCAUCAUAAGUAGUGAGGCGGAAGAUAACACCACGUCAAUGCUUCCUGAUCUCCUUAAACUUGGAGAAACAAUGCGGCCAUUCCUUGGGAACCCAUUAAUUUCAGCCCUCUUUCUUUUAGUUGUCAAGUCACAUGUGAAAAUUUCCUCUGGGGCUCUUGAUAGCUUGCGUCUGGAUAUCGGCGCAACUUAUUCUGCCUGGGAUGAUUUUGAUCCUUACUUUUUACUCAGAUGAGAUUCAUUUUGUCCUCAUUGUGUUGUAACAUGUUACCUUUUAAUACAUGGUUUUAUAUGGACUGUUCGCACCAUUAUUUGUCUCCAUCGUUGUGUGCGGGAAUGCCCAAGUCUUCUUAUACUAGGGGCAUUCUUUGGCCGGUCCCAUCGUACUUGGUCAACCCGAAGUUUUCUUAUUUCCUGAACUUCUCUCUUCUUUUUGAUAGAGUGCCACAUAUGGUGUUAAUCCUAUUAUGUUAUUAAUAAUUAUAAUACAAACAGUUAGGGUCAUUUGUUUAUGAGGUAAAAUGUUCUUUUGAGUUAGGAAACCUAUGUUUUCUGUUCCCAACUCAAAGAACUGGAAUAAAGUUGGUAAGCUGGU